GAUGUGAAGACUUCCAGAAAUGAAAAAACGCAUUUCCAUGGCGUUGACAAAAAUGACACGCACUUCAAUUAAGGAAAUCCUACAAGUGUUCCUGCUUUUCACCGCAUUUUGUGCGCCGUUAACAAAUGCGAUUCAGCAAGAUUAUGGGAUUGUGUAUGAAUGGAAAACAGUGAACUUUGAUUUCCCUGAUGGUCAAAUAUUAGAGGACGGAUAUUUUGUGCCAGAAAACUGCACUCUGACUGGCCUGAAGAUUUACCAAGAUCGAGUAUUCGUGACUGUGCCGAGAUGGGCCUCGGGUGUGCCAUCAACCCUAAACGUCGUCGAUCCAGACACCAACCUUCUUCAGGCUUGGCCCUCCUGGAACAUGCAAGAACUCGGCAAUUGUUCAGCUUUCCAAUUCGUGCAAAGCAUGGAAAUCGACAAGCAGGGUAGAAUGUGGACGCUGGACACCGGAACCGCCGCUGACUUCCCUUAUGCGUCUCUUUGUCCGGCGAAGCUCAUCGUCCUCGACCUUACAACCGGAAACGUUGUAUUGACGCACGAGUUCCCGGAGGAAGUCGCUCCGUUUGGAAUGAACUUCCUCAACGACGUCGUGCUCGAUACAGAUGAGCAAGGAAUCGUGACUUUCGCGUACAUCACGGAUGUCCGGGUGCCUGGAAUCGUAGUGUAUGACGUCUUCGCAGAUCGCUCUUGGAGAGCGUUUCAUUCCUCCAUGCUCAGUGAGGAGUUCGGAGAUGAGUUUGUGAUUCAAGGAGACACUUACUUCGUCGUUGAUGCUCAUGUCGAUGGGAUUGCGAUGUCCGAACGGGGUCGCACCACGGAGAGGAAGCUCUUCUACUGUCCACUUUCCGGCUUCAACCUGUACUCCAUGGACUUAAAGGCACUUCAAGACGAAGCAGUGGCAACGGACGAACUUCUCCUUGAUACAGUGGUGAGCUUAGUUGGUACAAAAGCAUCUCAAACAGACGGGAUGGUGCUUGACAGCAACGGACGGCUCUACUUCGGGCUAAUGUCACAAAUGGGAAUCGCAGUUUGGAAUAGCACCGAUGCUGAUUUUGAGCCGGAGUUGAUCGUCACAGGAGAAGUUUUCGAAUGGAUCGACACGUUCGCUAUAGACAGCGAAGGUUUUUUGUGGGUCACAACAAACAAACUGAAUCGCUUUUUCAAUGGUACGCUGGAUGUUAAUGAUACGAACUUCCGAAUCAUUAAAACAUUCAUCGGGGCUGGAUCGUAUCUCGAUUAAAAUCGAGUCGAUUCAUGAAAUGAACGAGGUUUACCCAAGCACGUGAUUUUCUUGUUUCCGCGAAAUCGCAAUAGGCCAACUUUGACGUCGAAAACAAUAAUAACCAGA